CUAAAUCUGUUUAAAAUGGGUGUAAAGAAGAAGAAAGAAACGCAAGUUGCUGCCUUGACCAUUUGUCAUCAGGACCUUGAAACUUUGAAAUCUUUUGCUGAUGUGGAAGGAAAAAAUCUAGCUUCCCUGCUAUUACAUUGUGUACAACUCACAGAUGGAGUGUCACAAAUCUAUUAUAUUAAACAGAUUGUACCUUUACUAGAAAAGGAAGAUAAAAAUGGUACAUGUGAUCUGAUUAUUCGAAGUUGCUUGGAUAUUUUAUCAGGCAUUUAUCUUUCAUUGAGUCUAAAGAAUCCCUUGAAGAAAGUAUUGACAAGUUCACUAAAUGGCCUGCCUGAAUUUUUUCUGACUGAAGCUAUACACAGUUUUACUUACCGGCUUCAAGAAGAAUUGAAUACUACUGACAUAUACUCUUAUAGGAAAGUAAUUGACAAUAUAUCUUCUUGUAUGGAGAACUUUAACUUGGGUAGAGCAAGUGUUUGUAACCUGAUGGAAAAUGUGCUUCAUUUCCUACAGAAGAGUUUAAUUGAAAUCCUGGAAGAAAAUAGAAAAUGUACUGGAAAUCAUAUUGUUCAAACACAAUUGAUGAAUGACUUGUUGGUAGGCAUUAGAGUUUCAGUGAUGUUAGUACAGAAAGUACAAGGUUUCCAGGGAAAUCUUUGGAAGGCUUCCAGUUCUCCGAUAUGGCAAAGUAUGUGUGGCUUACUGAGUAUUUUCACCAAGUUUCUAAGCAAUGAUGACCUCUUACAGACAAUUCAGAGCACAUCUGGAUUAGCUGUUAUUCUCUUUAUUAAGACUAUGUUUGAUCCACCUGAAGAGAUCCCUGGUUUGAUUAGUAGUUUGCUUCUUCGUUCAGUGGACUGUGCCAGCAUCCCAGAGUGGUUUAUGAGCAGCUGCAGGAGCCUGUGUUGCACUGAGGUCUCUGGGUCAGCUCUCUUAUUCCUGUGUCAGGGGACACUUGCCAUGUUGGACUGGCAGAAUGGGAGCAUGGGCCCAUGUGGGGAAGCGCUGCUCUUGAAUACUGCACACGUUUUGUUUACCUUGAGCUCACGGAUCAAGGAAUCAACUCUGGAAAUGUUUCUGUCUAGAAUCUUGGCAUCUUGGACCAAUUCAGCCAUAUGUGUCCUUGAAUCAAGUUCUCCAAGCCUAAAGAACAGUCUGAAUGGGAAUUCAAGCAUAGUUGAGAGACUUUUGGAGUAUGUGUAUACCCAUUGGGAACAUCCAUUGGAUGCUCUGAGACACCAAACUAAAAUCAUAUUCAACAAUCUUCUUCAAAUGCACCAGCUCACUAUGGAAGGGGCAGAUUUGGUCACUGAUCAUUUCUUUUUGGGACUAACCGAGAGUCUUCUGCGAUUGGAGUGGCAUGUUAAAGGAAAGUACACAUGCCUUGGUUGUUUGGUAGAAUGUAUAGGAUUUGAGCGUAUUUUGGCAGUAGAUAAAACUAUUCCAUCUCAAAUUUUAGAAGUAAUGGGGGACCAGUCAUUGGUUCCUUAUGCAAGUGAUCUCUUGGAGACCAUGUUUAAAAAUCAUAAGAGUCAUUUGAAAUCCCAGGCUGUUGGCAGUACUUGGAUUGACCAAUUGCAUGAGACUUGGAUUUCUCCUCUACUUUUUAUUCUGUGUGAAGGAAGUGUAGAUCAAAAGUCUCAUGUGAUUGAUUAUUACUUGCCCAAAUUGUUAAAUUGCAGCCCUGAAAGCUUAAGCUAUAUGGUAAAGAUUCUUCAGACUUCUGCUGAUUCUAAAACUGGACAAGAGCAAUCUUUUCCAUCUUUAGGGUCUUGUAAUAGCAGAGGGGCUUUGGGAGCUUUGAUGGCGUGUCUGCGAACAGCUAGAGCUCAUGGGCAUCUCCAGUCUGCAGGUGAUACCUGGGUGAGCCUUGUGUCCAGUACAAGAAUAAAGCAGGGCUUAAUUCAUCAGUGCUGCCAGGUACGGAUAGAUACAUUAGGCUUGCUUUGUGAAAGUAAUCGAAGCACAGAAAUUGUUUCCACAGAAGAAAUGCAGCUGAUUCAGUUCUUUAUUACAUACAAUCUUAACAGCCAGUCUCCAGGAGCGCGGCAGCAGAUUUGUUCACUUCUUAAAAAGCUGUUUUGUAGGAUACAGGAAAGUUCUCAGGUACUUUAUAAAUUGGAGCAAAGUAUGUCCAAACAUGAACCAGAGAAUGAGUUACCCAGACAGGACCCUUCUGUUUCUUUACAGCAGUACAAGAAUUUCAUGUCAUCAGUUUGCAACAGUCUUUUUGAAGCAUUAUUUCCUGGAUCUUCCUAUCCAACUAGAUUUUCAGCCUUAAACAUUUUAGGCUCAAUAGCUGAAGUUUUUCCGGUCCCAGAAGGUAGAAUCCAAACAGUGUAUCAGCUGAGUCAUGAUAUUGAUGCUGGUCGUUUCCAAACAUUAAUGGAAUGUUUUGCGAGCACUUUUGAGGAUGUGAAAAUUUUAGCAUUUGAUCUUCUUAUGAAAUUAACAAAAACGAUUGUACAAUUUCAGGAUUCAGAGAAACUGCAAGGCUUAUUCCAGGCAGCUUUGGAGCUCAGUACCAGCACCAAACCACAUGACUGUGUAACGGCUUCCUACCUGCUGAACUUCUUAAUCUGGCAGGAUGCUCUGCCACCAUCCCUGUCUGCCUACUUACAGACUCAGCAAGUUACAUGUGGAGAUGGAGAUAAGUCUGCUUCUGUGGUAGAAAGGAACACAUUAAUGGUUAUCAAAUGCUUGUUGGAAAAUCUUGAGGAAGAAAUAUCUCAGGCUGAAAAUUCUCUGCUUCAGGCAGCAGCAUCAUUUCCAAUGUAUGGGCGAGUCCACUGUGUAACAGGAGCUUUGCAGAAGUUACCUUUAAAUAGCCUGCAGUUGGUGAGUGAGUGGAGGCCUGUGGUGGAGAAGCUCCUUUUGUUGUCCUACAGGCUGUCUGCUGUGGCAUCUCCAGUCAUUCAGAGCUCUUCCCCUGAGGGCCUCAUCCCCAUGGACACUGACUCAGAGUCAGCAAGCCGCUUACAGAUGAUUUUGAAUGAGAUUCAGCCUAGAGAUACUAAUGAUUACUUCAGUCAAGCCAAAAUACUGAAAGAACAUGAUAGCUUUGAUUUGGAGGACUUAAGUGCUAAUAUGCCAAAUACCAGUACUUCUACAGAAAUCAAAAGUAAAGAUGGAAAAACAUGUGAUGUAACUGCUCAGAUGGUGCUGGUGUGUUGUUGGAGAAGCAUGAAGGAAGUUGCUUUGCUUUUAGGCUCGUUGUGUCAGCUCCUCCCCAUGCGGUCUGUGCCAGGGUCGUCUGAUGGAUUACUGACAGUGGAGCAGGUAAAAGACAUAGGAGAUUACUUUAAACAGCACCUUUUACAAUCCAGGCACAGAGGAGCAUUUGAACUGGCUUACACUGGCUUUGUGAAACUCACUGAAAUACUAAACAGGUGCCCUAACUUGAGUCUGCAAAAGCUACCGGAACAGUGGUUAUGGAAUGUUUUAGAGGAAGUUAAAUACAGUGAUCCUUCAUCUAAACUCUGUGCUACAAGGCGCAGUGCUGGAAUUCCUUUCUACAUACAGGCAUUGUUGGCAUCUGAACCAAAGAAAGGCAAAAUGGAUUUAUUGAAAGUAACAAUGAAAGAGCUAAUCUCUUUGGCUGGUCCUAUGGAUGACUCACGGAGCACAGUCCCCCAGGUUCAUGCUUUAAAUAUCCUUAGAGCCUUGUUCAGAGAUACACGUCUGGGAGAAAAUAUUAUUCCUUAUGUGACUGAUGGAGCUAAGGCUGCAAUUCUGGGCUUUACAUCCCCAGUCUGGGCAGUGAGAAAUUCAUCCACGCUUCUCUUUAGUACCUUGAUCACAAGAAUUUUUGGAGUUAAAAGGGCAAAGGAUGAACUUUCCAAAAAAAAUAGACUAACGGGAAGAGAAUUUUUCUCUCGUUUCCCAGAACUCUACCCUUUUCUGCUUAAGCAGUUGGAAGCUGUAGCCAAUACUGUGGACAGUGAUACAGGGGAACUCAACCGUCAUCCAAACAUGUUUCUCCUGCUUUUGGUGUUGGGAAGACUGUACCCUUCUCCAAUGGAUGGCACUUCCUCUGCUCUCAGCAUGGCACCUUUUGUCCCCUUCAUUAUGAGAUGUGGUCGCUCACCUGUCUACCGGUCCCGUGAAAUGGCAGCUCGUGCCUUGGUCCCAUUUGUUAUGGUAGACCAAAUCCCAAAUACCAUCCGAACUCUAUUGGACAGACUCCCUGACUGCACUGACCAGUGUUUCCGGCAAAACCAUAUUCAUGGGAUGCUUCUCCAGGUUUUCUAUUUGUUACAAGCCUACUCAGACUCUAAACACAGAACGAAUUCAGACUUUCAGCAGGAGCUGACUGACAUCACUGUUUGUACCAAAGCCAAACUCUGGCUGGCCAAGAGGCAAAAUCCAUGUUUGGUGACCAGAGCUGUAUAUAUUGAUAUUCUCUUUCUGUUGACUUGCUGCCUUGACAAACCCACAAAGGGCAACCAGCCAGUCCUGGAGAGCCUUGGCUUCUGGAAUGAAGUUAGCGCAAUCAUCACAGGAUCAGAAUUGAUAAGAGGGUUCCCCUAUACCUUCACGGUGCCAGGCCUGCCCCAGUACCUCCAGAGCCUCACCAAACUUGCCAUAGCAGUUGUGUGGGCAGUGACGGCCAAGGCUGGAGAGCAGACAAGGAAUGUCCCCAUCUCCUUCUCUCAACUGUUAGAGUCUGCCUUCCCUGAAGUGCGCUCACUGACACUGGAAGCCCUGUUAGAAAAGUUCUCAGCAACAAGCUCUGGGUUAGCAGAGAAAGAACUACCACCCUUACUGCACAAUAUGGAAGAGAAGUUCUUGGUAUUGGCUAUGAAGGAAAAGCACCCAGAAUGCUUCUGCAAGCUACUGAAAAUUCUUUAUUGCAUGGACCCCAGUAAGUGGCUUCCCCAGACAGAAUACUGUGUCCAUCUAACCCCAGAGGAGUUCUUGAUAUGGACCAUGGAUAUUGCUUCCACUGAAAGGUCUGAAAUUCAAAGCAUAGCUCUGAGACUUGCCUCCAAAGUGAUUGCCCACCACAUGCAGACACGGCUGCAGGAUAUGCUUGCUCUCUGGAGAUGUGUCUUCACCCUACUGCAGAGUGAGGAGCAAGCUGUCAGAGAUGCAGCCACUGAGAUUGUGACAACUGCCCUUUCACAAGAAAAUACCUCCCAGUUAACAGAGUUUGCCUUCUGCCAGGUGGAUGCCUCAAUCGCUUUGGCUCUAGCCCUGGCCAUCCUGUGUGACUUGCUCCAGCAGUGGGACCAGCUGACCCCUGGACUCCUCAUCCUGCUCAGAUGGCUGUUGGGUGAGGGUGAAGACCUCAAAGUCUGUGUGGAGAGCACUCAUCAGGUGGAAGAAGACUACCUGUUUGAAAAAGCAGAUGUCAACUUUUGGGCUGAGACCCUAGUCUUCGUGAAAUACCUCUACAAGCACCUCUUCCAGCUCUUUUCCAAAUCCAGCAGGUGUCCCCUCAGCCCUGAGAGUCUCCAUCACCUUCAAAGGACAGUGUCAGAACAGUAUCACCUCCUCUCCCAGCUCUUCCAAGAGCUGCCACCAACUGCUGAGUUUUUGAAGACAGUGGAAUUCACACGACUGCGCAUUCAGGAGGAAAGGACUUUAGCUUGUCUGAGGCUGCUGGCCUUUCUGGAAGGAAUGGAAAGGGAAGAGGCCCUAGUUCUCAGUGCUUCUAAUUCUCCUCCAGAAGCAAGUCAAUUAACUCUGCCAGGAACAGAAACAGCAUGUUGA